AUGGGCUCUCUGAGCAGCCGAGUGCUGCGCCACCCGGGGCGAACCCGAACCCAACCGGAGCCGGGUUCUGGGGUGGGGGGCUCGUCCCGAGGGUCCAGGACAGGCGGCGACACAACUGGCCAUGGCUUCUGUUACUGCCCGGGCAGCCUCAAGCGCAAGCGGAGCAGCGGGGCCUUCUGUUACUGUCACCCCGACUCUGAGACGGACGACGAGGAGGAGGAAGGGGACGAGCAGCAGCGACUCCUCAACACCCCACGAAGGAAAAAAUUAAAGAGUACAUCCAAAUAUAUUUAUCAGACGUUGUUUUUGAAUGGUGAAAAUAGUGAUAUCAAGAUUUGUGCUCUGGGAGAAGAGUGGAGCUUGCACAAAAUCUAUUUAUGUCAAUCUGGCUAUUUUUCUAGUAUGUUCAGUGGUUCUUGGAAAGAAUCCAGCAUGAAUAUUAUUGAACUGGAGAUUCCUGACCAAAAUAUUGAUAUAGAAGCACUGCAGGUUGCAUUUGGUUCACUAUAUCGAGAUGAUGUCUUAAUAAAGCCCAGUCGCGUUAUUGCCAUCUUGGCAGCAGCGUCUAUGCUACAGUUGGAUGGUUUAAUACAGCAGUGUGGUGAGACAAUGAAGGAAACAAUUAAUGUGAAAACUGUGUGUGGCUAUUACACAUCAGCAGGGACCUAUGGAUUAGAUACUGUAAAGAAAAAGUGCCUUGAAUGGCUUCUAAACAACUUGAUGACUCACCAGAAUGUUGAACUUUUUAAAGAACUCAGUGUAAAUGUCAUGAAACAACUCAUUGGUUCAUCUAAUUUAUUUGUGAUGCAAGUGGAAAUGGAUGUGUACACAGCCCUCAAAAAGUGGAUGUUCCUUCAACUUGUGCCUUCUUGGAAUGGAUCUUUAAAACAGCUUUUGACUGAAACAGAUGUCUGGUUUUCUAAGCGGAGAAAAGAUUUUGAAGGUAUGGCCUUCCUUGAAACUGAGCAAGGAAACCCUUUCAUGUCAGUAUUCAGGCACUUAAGGUUACAGUAUAUUAUUAGUGAUCUGGCCUCCGCAAGAAUUAUUGAACAAGAUUCUCUAGUACCUUCNNNNUGGCUGUCUUCUGUGUAUAAACAACAAUGGCUUGCUAUGCUCCGGGCAGAGCAGGACAGUGAAGUGGGACCUCAAGAAAUCAAUAAAGAAGAACUAGAGGGACACAGCAUGAGGUGUGGAAGAAAGCUAGCCAAAGAUGGUGAAUACUGCUGGCGGUGGACAGGUUUUAACUUUGGUUUUGACCUACUUGUAACUUAUACCAAUCGGUACAUCAUUUUCAAACGCAAUACACUGAAUCAGCCAUGUAGUGGAUCUGUCAGUUUACAACCUCGAAGGAGCAUAGCAUUUAGAUUACGCUUAGCCUCUUUUGAUAGUAGUGGAAAACUGAUAUGUAGUAGAACAACUGGAUAUCAAAUACUUACACUUGAAAAAGAUCAGGAACAAGUGGUGAUGAACUUGGACAGCAGGCUUCUGGUCUUUCCCUUAUAUAUCUGCUGCAACUUCCUGUAUAUAUCACCAGAAAAGAGAACUGAAAAUAAUCAUCACCCAGAAAAUCCAGAAAGCUGA